AUGGGGCAGGCGCGCACGCUGGCCUUCCGCAAGGCGCACGCCAACAUCGACGCCACCAUCCGCGCUGUGGAGACGGUGCUGGAUAAGUUCGACAUCCCGCAGCAGGUGGAACAACGGAUCAAGGACGGCCCUCGGCGGGAUCUAGAGGCGUAUCUAGCAGCGGUGGACAUGCUACAGGAGGCGCUGCUGUUCUUUGACUCGCACCGCAACUACAAGUCCUCUGAGGGCGCGGCUCUGCAGGCACGUGGGCUGAUGAAGGAGGCCAUGGGCAUGCUUGAAGCGGAUUUCAGACAGCUUCUGGCGAAUAACAGCAAGCCCAUGGACGUGCUGAAGAUCAUAGAGGCGAUGCCAGAGCUGGGAAUUGAUCUCGCGGGGCUGCCCCCGCCCGCACAGACGCCCGAGAAUCUCAUUCCGGGCAUCGGGCCCAGCAAGGGUGGCAAGGGGCCGCCUGUGCUGCUGCUGCCCACGCUGAUAGAGCGGUUGAAUGCGGUGGCAAGGCGCAUGAUUCAGAACGGUGCUGCCUCGGUGUGCACGCGCGUGUACAGGGAGGUGCGCGGCAACGUGUUGGAGCAGUCGUUGAAGCGGCUGGGCGUGGAGAUGGUGACUCGGGACGACGUGUUGCGCAUGCAGUGGGAGGAGCUGGAGACCAAGAUUGGCAACUGGAUCCAGUUCAUCAAGAUCUGCAUGAUGCUUGUGUUCCCAUUAGAGCGGGAGCUAUGCUACCAGGUGUUUGCGGGGCUGGACCCCCACAGGGAGAUCUCCUACGCCGAGAUGGGCGACCGCGGCCUCUCCCUGCUGCUGUCCUUCGGCGAGGCCAUCGCAUCCAGCCAGAAGUCGCCCGAGAAGCUCUUUGUGCUGCUCGACAUGUACGAGACCAUCCGAGACUCCAUGCCCAUGGUGAUCGACGCCUUCCCAGGCAACGCGUGCAUCCCAUGUCGGGAGUACCUGCGCUCGCUGCAGCGCAGCCUGGCGGAGAUCAGUCGAGACACGUUCAGCGAGUUUGAGGACGCGGUGGAGAAGGACAGCACGCGCACACCCGUCGCUGAUGGGACCGUGCAUCCGCUCACCAGCUACGUCAUCAACUACGUCAAGUUCCUGUUCGACUACGAAGGCACCUUGCGACAAUUGUUCGAGGAAGCCGAGAAAGAAAGGGGCGAGAAGGACUGGCAGGGCGGGGACCCGUCGGCACGGCAGAAGCCGCGGCUGGAGGUGGCGACGCUGCGCAUCCUGACAGUGCUGGAGAGCAACCUGGAGGCCAAGGCCAAGCUGUACAAGGACCUCGCGCUCACCCAGCUCUUCCUCAUGAACAACAAGCACUACAUCGUUCGCUCCAUCCGCAAGUCGGAGCAGGCGCGGCAGCUGGUGGGGGAGGAGUGGAUACAGCGGCAUCGCAAGAUCGUGCAGCAGCACCAGGCCAUGUACCAGAAGCUGGCAUGGAGCAAGGUGCUGACCGUGCUGAGCCCGGUCGGGGAGGUGAUCAACAAGAACACACUCAAGGAGAGGCUGAAGGUUUUCAACGCUGCGUUUGAGGAGCAAUACAACAAGCAGCUCACAUGGACCAUACCAGACGCGGAGCUACAGAAGGCGGUGCGCCAGGCUGUCAUCGACCAGGUGCUGCCGGCCUACCGUGACAUGCUCAAGCGAUACGGCCCGGUGGUGGACGCAUUGAAGAAUCUCUCAAAGCACGUCAAGUAUCAGCCGGAGGACAUCGAGCGUCUCAUCAGGCAGCUGUUUGAGGGCCGCCAAGUGGUGGCCGAGGCUAGCAAGGGCAAGGCGUCGCUGCUCAAGUAG